AUGAACCAGACCCGCAAAAACCCACUGAGGGCGAGAGAGGAGGUGGAGGAGUCCAACAAACAGAUCGAUCACUCAGGAGAUCAGUUUGUUCCACGUGUGGAACGAGAACUCUUCUCCAUCGUGAUCUUCGGCUGCAUCGCCAACGAGGGCUACAUCAACCGCCCCAACGAAGUGGAGGAGUUCUGCAUCUUCAACCGCAACCAGAACGCCUGUAAUUACGGCGUCUUCAUGGGCUCCAUGGCCUUCCUCUGCUGCAUGGCCUUCCUGGCUCUGGACGUCUACUUCCCCCAAAUCAGCAGCGUCAAAGACCGCAAGAAGGCCGUGCUGGCCGAUGUCGGGUUGUCAGCGUUCUGGUCCUUCAUGUGGUUCGUGGGUUUCUGUUUCUUGGCGAACCAGUGGCAGGUGAGCAAGCUGGAGGACAACCCGCUGAGGGAGGGAGGAGACGCUGCCCGGGCAGCCAUCACCUUCUCCUUCUUCUCCAUCUUCACCUGGGCGGGCCAGUCCUUCCUGGGCUUCCAGAGGUACAAGCUGGGGGCCGACUCGGCCCUCUUCUCCCAGGAAUACACGGACCCCAGCCAGGAUGCCGCCGGAGCCCCUUACACCUCCUUCGGUGGGGACGACCUGGAGAGCCCCGGAGCAGGAGCAGGAGGAGGAGGAGGAGGAGGAGGAGGAGGCCAGGCCAACAGCGACGAGGCCUUUGAUGGCACCGGCGGCUACCAGCGUCAGGACUACUGAGAUGUCGGGGUGAAAUAUACUGUAGUGGGGGGGUUGCCUAUAGUUCCUAACUGAGAGCUGGGUUUGUUUCUACUCCACGGUUUGGGUUAACAUAGCAGUGAUCAGAUCACAUUGGUGGUUUUACACAAAGUUUUGUGCACAUUCUAAACUGUAUUAUCACAGUUUGAAACCAUCACUCAGUGAUAUGAAUCAUAACUCUGAGGACGAGUCAGAACAACACACUGUGGAGGUUUUCUGUCCUUCAGUACAGAGUCCUGAUCGGUGCUGUGUUGACCCACAGCGGGUCAGUUUGGACAGUUAAGAGGAGACACGACAGCUCGAUUUAGAGAUUUUGUUCUAUUAUUCUUCCAUAACUCGUCUUCUUUCAGACUAGAGGAGAGAAAACAUUUAUUUUACUACGUUUGUCUGUUUACGUCUGUAGAU